GGGCCAGAGACAGAGACACACACACACUCUCUCAGACACACACACACACACAGACGGACAACAGUGCUGAAGUGGAAGAGAAAAGUGAUCGACUGGUCGGAGGAGAGAGAGACAGAGAAGAGAAUACUUUUGAAACAGCGUGACGAUGCUGUGUCCUGCGUGGUUAUUGGCUGUGGCUGUGGUGGGUGUGGUCAGCGGGGUUAAAGGUCAAUGCUGGGAGAAUCCUCGCUGUCAAGACCUGAACUCUGAGAACAGCAUCCUGGAGUGCAUCCAGCUCUGUCGUUCUGACCUCACCGCCGAAUCUCCCAUCUUCCCUGGCGAGGUCCAUCUCCAACCCAACUCCCCCUCUGACUUUCCUCCCCCCUCCUUACCUCUGUCCCCCCCCUCUCCCCUGUCCCCCUUGGAGCAGCAGAACAUCGUGUCCCCCCAGGCCAAGCGAUCCUACUCCAUGGAACACUUCCGCUGGGGGAAGCCUGUGGGAAAGAAGCGCCGCCCGGUGAAGGUCUACACCAACGGUGUGGAGGAGGAGUCCUCCGAGGGCUUCCCCAGUGAGAUGAGACGAGAGCUGGGCACCAACGAGGCCAUGUACCCCUCCCUGGAGGCUGGGGCUGUGGAAGGGGGAGAGGGCCUGGGGGGCGAGGCGGAUGGCCUGGGUGGGGUGUUUAGUCUUCAGGAGAAGAAAGACGGCUCGUACAAGAUGAACCACUUCCGCUGGAGCGGACCGCCCGCCAGUAAGCGCUAUGGAGGGUUCAUGAAGAGCUGGGACGAACGCAGCCAGAAACCACUGCUCACUCUGUUUAAAAAUGUCAUCAUCAAAGACGGACAGCAGAAGAGAGAGCAGUGAGGGGGGAGAGGGGAAGGGAGGAUAGGUGAGCUGAAGAGGGGGAGGGAGAGAGGGGAAGGGAGGAUAGGUGAGCUGAAGAGGGGGAGGGAGAGAGGGGAAGGGAGGAUAGGUGAGCUGAAGAGGGGGAGGGAGAGAGGGGAAGGGAGGAUAGGUGAGCUGAAGAGGAAUACCAUUAUCAGGCUUGAGGGAGAGAGGAUGGCGGGUUGAGGGAGGGAGAGAGGACAUGGGGGGUUGAGGGAGAGAGAGAGGACAUGGGGGGGGUUGAGGGAGAGGACAUGAGGGGGUCGAGGGAGAGAGAGAAAGUCCCGUUUCUCCCCAUCCAGCUCCGUAGGAUGUACAUCCAGUAAGCUCUCAUUUGAUUCGCAAUUCGGAGACAAACAAGCUUUGUGAUUGGCUAAAAGCGCUUUGUCCUCUGACCCAGCAUGAUGUUAGCUGCCAAUGUAAUAAUGUCUCUAAUAAAUCUUAACUCUGUAUAGAA